AAAACCCUAGUGCUCUAAAAUCGGCGGCAAUUUUCUUAUAAAUUCCCUCCAAAGCCCAUUCCCUUACGCCUCUUUUGUUAAUCCUCUCUAAAACCCUAACUUUCUCUCUCCAGUAGUCACGCCGAAUCACUUCUUCGUCUUCCAUGGAGUUCUGGGGUGUUGAAGUUAAGGCUGGACAGCCACUUAAAGUCAAACCAACCUUUGACAAUAUCAUCCACCUUUCACAGGCUUCGCUUGGUGAGUCAAAGAAGGAUAAAGGGCAUGAUUCUGUGCCCCUCUUUGUGAAAUUUGGCUACGAGAAGCUUGUUCUUGGAACUCUUAUUACUGAUACUAUCCCACAAAUAUCUUUUGAUCUAGUAUUUGAGAAAGAGUUUGAGCUUUCUCACAACUGGAAGAAUGGUAGUGUCUACUUUUGUGGUUACCAAACCCCCUUGCCACAGGAUAGUUCUGAUGAGUUUGAUAUGGAGGGGUCAGAUGAAGAUGAGGAAGAGGAUAUUCCAAUGAUUGCUGCUGAGAAUGGAAAAGGUGGAUUGAAGGCUGAGAAAGCAAAAGCUCCUGUAAAGGCAAAUUCUGGUAAGCCUGAAAUUUCUGCCAAGCCAAGCAAGGCAACACCUAAACCUGAGGAGAAUGAUGACAGUGAUUCAGAUGAUGGGGAUGAUUCAAUGGAUGAUGUGAUGGGAGAUGAUUCAGAUGAGAUUUCUGAUGAUGAAGAAGGUUCAGAUGAAGAUGAAGAUGAUACAGAAGAUGAAGAUUCGGAUGAAGAUGAAGAGACACCAAAGAAGGCUGUAGUAGGAAAGAAGAGACCAACAGAAUCAGCUACAAAAACUCCUGUUCCUGCUAAGAAGACAAAGGGAGCAGCUACUCCUCAGACUGAUGGUAAGAAGGGAGUUCAUGUUGCAACUCCUUACCCAUCAAAGCAGGCCAGCAAAACACCUAAUGAGAAAACUCCCAAAUCCGGUGGUGGCCAAUUCUCUUGCAAGUCGUGUAGCAAGUCAUUUGGGUCUGAUGGUGCUCUACAAUCUCACACUAAAGCCAAGCACAGUGCCGGCAAAUAGAUGGAGAAGCAGCGAAUCAUAACAAGCAUUGCUGAUGGCCUUGGCAUGUUCAUUUUUGUGUCGAAUACCCCCUACUUGGAGAGCUGUGUUUUAAAAGUGAAGGAGAAAGCUUAUCGUACUGGUACUAUUGUGAUGGCUAGUAAUGUGUUUUAUUUUUGGAGUAUUUUUAUUUAUUUAAAAUUUCUGAAACCAUUAAGUUAAAUGUUAUUAUUGAUACGCUUGGGAUUUAUAAUGUUGAGAUUUAAAAACA